UACUCGAAUCUUCACUCUUCACUCUCUUAGACACUAUCGUUACUUUGUUGUCUUCUCUCAAAAACACAACACUUGCUAGUUCCUACUAAACUACAAUUACAAACAACCCUCUUUUUUCUUUUCCUUCUAUUUCCUCUCUCUCUCUCUCUCUCAGACACGACACUUUCGGAGAGAAUAAGAAUAAAAAUGCAGCAACAACAAUACUUGGACGACUCUGACUCUGAUCCUCAGCUCCCCCAAAUCAAAAUCCACCACCCUUCCGCCUCACCCUCCGCCGCCACCCCAACUCCAACUGCCGGGGCCCGCCGCAAAAUCGGCGUCGCCGUUGACCUCUCCGACGAGAGUGCCUAUGCUGUCAGGUGGGCCGUCCACCACUACAUCCGCCCCGGCGACGCCGUCGUGCUUCUCCACGUCAGCCCUACCGAGGUCCUCUUCGGCGCCGACUGGGGCUCCGUCGACCUCUCCAUCAACACCGACGAUGACUCCGCCGCAUCCGCAGCCGCGAACAGCCACAAGAUCACGACGGCGAAGCUGGAGGAAGAUUUCGACGCGUUCACGGCGUCGAAGGUCGGCGAUCUCGCGAAGCCACUCCGGGAAGCGCAGAUUCCGUACAAGAUCCACAUUGUGAAGGACCACGACAUGAAGGAGCGCCUCUGCCUCGAGGUGGAGAGGCUCGGCCUCAGCGCCGUCAUCAUGGGAAGCCGCGGCUUCGGUGCCCUCCGCCGCGGCAGCGACGGAAGGCUCGGCAGCGUCAGCGACUACUGCGUCCACCACUGCGUUUGCCCCGUCGUCGUCGUUCGCUACCCCGACGAUAAGGACGGCGAAAUCGGCGGCGGCGCCACCGCGGUGAAGGAAGAGGAAGAGGCGGUUAUCAAAACGGCGCCGCAUGAACAUAAAAAAGAGGAUUAGUUGGAGUCAACUCACUGCUUGAUCCUGUAUUUUGAGAAUGUAUCUGACCCAAAAGGAAUUCAGGAAACUGUUGUAGAGUGCUCUCUUUCUUUUCAUGUCACGUUGUACUUAGAGCAUUUCUUGCAUUAUGAACUCUGGAAGGAUUAAGCAUGAUUUUGUAUGGCUUGAUGUGAUCUCGGUUCGUGUAGGUUGUUGGGAAAUUGUCUUUUCUUUCGUGAUGGUAUGGUACAUACUCUUUGAUGUAGAUGUACGAGUUUGCCUUUCCACUGUUUUAAGGGUUUAUGUCCCCAUUUGUAUGUGGGAGAUCACAUUAUCAUAAUGAGCACCCAUAUUUAGCUAGAUUAUUUCAUAUAAUUAUGUUGACAAAACUAUUUAGUUCAUUAUUUCUAU